UAAAACAAUGGUGUUUUCAGAGACAAAUGAUAUGGAUUUAACCAAAUGCCACACACUUAACAUUGACAAUGUAGUCUUGGGCCAGUGCCAAUCUGCACAGGUGGAUCAAGUACAUCUGUUCCUCUUGAUAAGACCAUGGAAUUUUCAGAAGCAAAUCACAUGGAUAUCACACACAGUCAUACAGGUGCAAUUGAAAGUGGCCAUCUAGGACAAGUUUCAAAUAAAGCAUUGCAGUCAACCAAGAAGAAUUCCAGACUGACUAUUCCUGGAUCUAUAUUGACAUCAUUACCCAAUGAUAAAACAAUGGUGUUUUCAGAGACAAAUGAUAUGGAUUUAACUAAAAGCCACACACUUAACAUUGACAAUUGUCUUGGGCCAGUGCCAAUUCGCAUGAUUGGAUCAAGUACAUCUGUUCCUCUUGAGAAGACCAUGAUUUUUUCAGAAAAUCACAUGGAUAUCACGCAAUGUCACACAGAUGCAAUUGAAAGUGGCAGUGUAGAGCAAGUUUCAAAUAAACCAUUGCAGCCAACAAAGAAGAAUUCCAGACUGAGUAUUCCUGGGUCUAUAUUGACAUCGUUACCCAAUGAAAAAACAAUGGUGUUUUCAGAGACAAAUGAUAUGGAUUUAACCAAAUGCCACACACUUAACAUUGACAAUUGUCUUGGGCCAGUGCCAAUCCGCAUGAUUGGAUCAAGUACAUCUGUUCCUCUUGAGAAGACCAUGAUUUUUUCAGAAGAAAAUCACAUGGAUAUCACGCAAUGUCACACAGAUGCAAUUGAAAGUGGCAGUCUAGAGCAAGUUUCCAGUAAAGCAUUGCAGCCAACAAAGAAGAAUGCCAGACUGAGUAUUCCUGGAUCUAUAUUGACAUCGUUACCCGAUGAUAAAACAAUGGUGUUUUCAGAGACAAAUGAUAUGGAUUUAACCAAAUGCCACACACUUAACAUUGACAAUUGUAGUCUUGGGCAAGUGCCAAUCCGCAUGAUUGGAUCAAGUACAUCUGUUCCUCUUGAGAAGACCUUGAUUUUUUCAGAAGAAAAUCACAUGGAUAUCACGCAAUGUCACACAGAUGCAAUUGAAAGUGGCAGUGUAGAGCAAGUUUCAAAUAAACCAUUGCAGCCAACAAAGAAGAAUUCCAGAAUGAGUAUUCCUGGAUCUAUAUUGACAUCAUUACCCAAUGAUAAAACAGUGGUGUUUUCAGAGACAAAUGAUAUGGAUUUAACUAAAUGCCACACACUUAAUAUUGACAAUUGUCUUGGGCCAGUGCCAAUUCGCAUGAUUGGAUCAAGUACAUCUGUUCCUCUUGAGAAGACCUUGAUUUUUUCAGAAGAAAAUCACAUGGAUAUCACGCAAUGUCACACAGAUGCAAUUGAAAGUGGCAGUGUAGAGCAAGUUUCAAAUAAACCAUUGCAGCCAACAAAGAAGAAUUCCAGAAUGAGUAUUCCUGGGUCAAAAUUGGCUUCCUUAUCCAAUGAAAAAACCAUGAUAUUGUCCAAGGCAAAUGAUAUGGAUUUAGCUAGAAGUCACACAGUUAGAAUUGACAAUGGUGGUCGCGAGUCAGUGGCAAUUUGCACAGUUAGUUCAAGUGCACCCUUUCCUUGUGAUAAGACUAAAGUGGUUUCAGAAACAAAUGACACAGAUAUUAACAGAAGCCUUUCGGUUGCAAUUGAAAAUGGUAGUCCAAGUCCUGCUGUAAAGUUAACAGUGGGUUCAGCUGGUUGCAUUCCUAUUGGUAUGUCCACAAUCUUUUCAGAAGCAUAUAAUAUGAACCCGACUAAAUCCUGUACGAUUGAUGCUAAUAGUGGAAGCCUUGGGACAGUUGCAAAUGGAGCAUUUUGUUCUGCUAAAAUGACCUUGAAUUCAAAUUCUGUUCGAUCUGUUUUGUCAUAUUCCAAUACAAAAAGCAUGGUGUCUGAUCAGGUAGCAUUGAUUUCAACAGGUGACAAGCUGCCUGUUCACAGGAGGCACGAUGAAUCUGGUAAAUCCACAAUGAUGCAUGAAAAGGGGCAAAAUUACCUUAGUAACCAAAUGGAAAAUGGCAGUUGUAACAUUCAAAGCAAUUUGGAUGCUGAUUCAAUGUGCAUAACUGAACGUCAUGAAAAAAGUAAUCUAAAGGGAGCCACGCAAUCUGUUCCUUCCAUAGAGAAUUCUCUCACUUCCGUAACACUCAAAGACCUUGAAGUCCAGCAGAAAGCACUCAUUGAUCAGACUAGGGAAGCAGCCUCUGGAGAGUUUGUUCAAUAUCAGGUUACUGAAUGUUCUGCUUGUGGGACCGGAACUGAAUCUGCAGGUACAACAAAAAACAAAGAUGAAUGCAAUGCAUCCAGAAAGUCAAGUCUACCUAAUGUGUCAUCUCUUCUAAAAAUGAAUUGCAUGAACAAUAUAACUUCAAACACUGCGUUAGAAAACACUCAAGUGGAUGGUAAUGUCCCUGCUGAUUGUCAAACACUUAAUGCAAGGCCUUGUUUCCCAAAACAACAUUCACUUGUUAAGGACACACUUAUGUCUCAAAUCCUUCCGAAACUGCCUAGUAGAAGAAAUCCGUGCAGAAUUGUAAAUUCAAACCAUCAAAAUGUAGUAAAAUCAACAGUAGAACAUCUCUGCUCUGAUUCACAUCUGAAUGUAAAGUACAAAUCAGAAGAUCUUGAGAGGUCAAAUAUACUUGAGCCUAAUGAUGACCCUGAGGAACAAACAUAUAAAAUGCAGGUUUCUGAUUGUGCUGAAGUAGAAAGCAAAACAUUGGAUGGGGUGAAACCAUCUUGCUGCUGGAAGUCUAAUGCAGUCCACUCUCUAGCCAUUGAUAAACAGCAGUAUAAAGAAGUUUCAUCUGCUCCUGAGCAAGAUAUCAAUGCAAUAGGCCAAGCUCUCGUACACUCAAAAACAUUUUCAACAGUGGAGCAAAGGCCUAGCCAGAAACGGGUUUGGAGUGAAGAAGAAGAAGAAAGUGGAAAUGCAUGCAAUAAAAUAAAAAUGAUGAGGACAAUGGGGCGUGAAGGCACUGAGUCUUCAAGAAACGAGGUCUGUAUUGCGCCCAUUGUGCAGUGGGAAGGAGUAAAGCAUGAAAUAGGAGAGACGAGCCUGCCGAAUUUGACGACCAAGAGCCAGGAGAGCAACAGUUCCUUAGAUUCAACCAAAGGUGAUGGUACAUCUGCUCAUGCAAUCCCUCCAAAAUGUAACUUAAAUACAUCUCUCGUGAUCUUGGAGGAGUCUGAGUUGCAUAAGAAAUUGAUGGAUGGUGAGAUCACAGUCCGGGAAUUCUUCAAGUUCUUCAAAGUUCAAAUACAUGCUCAGAAAUCCCGCCAGAGUGAACUACAUGUCAAUCCUGAAUUGGACAAAUCCUCGGGACUGGAGAAUUGGCUGGCUGUGAAGUUCCUUCACCGACCAAAACGAGAAGUCUAUGAAGAAGAGGGCAUUGCACUCUCUACAGCCAUUAAUGACCAGAAUGAUCAGUUGUUAGACCUUGAUAAACUCCUAGCAGAGGUGAACUUUCCACUUUUGAGAGAGGUGAUGCAAAUGACAAAAGAAGAGCUGCAACAGUUUCGUUCUUGCCUGAAUGCCAAGAAAACUGCUUUUAUGAAGAGGACUAAAGUGAUCUGCCAUGAACAAAAGGUUCAGCUAUAUUUGUCACAGUUGAAUGCACUGAAGGCACAACGUCAGCAAAGGAAGGAAUACGAAGAUUACUUGGAUGAUAUGCUAAACAAAAUGGAUGAUUGCAUCGCGUCAUUAGAUCUUGGAAAUUUAGGAACUCUCGGAGAGUGUAGCAUGGAUGACAUUGACCAUGAUGAGAAUUUGAUGCAACUGAAGCAGGUUGUGAAUGAGAGACACGAGGAUCUCGGGAAUCUUCAGGCAGAACAUUCUAAAAUGGAAAGUGAACUUGCUAAAGUUCUUGAUGAAAAAUCACAGCAGGAAAACGCUGCCAAAAUGUUGGAACUUAAUGAAGAAUUUCAGGAGCUUCUAGAAUGGACAUUGGUGCCUUGUCAAGGUGAUCGAGCUGUUUACAGAUUUCUGUAUGACUCCUUAGAGCUGAUAUUGCAGUAUGGGAAGACUGAAGGUGCAGAUCUUUCACCUGGUGAGAAGUGCAGAAUUCUUGACGUUAAUCUUGUCUCUGAGUUGGAUGAGAAAGAUAGCCCUGCACACUCGAAGCUUGUUCAUGAACUAAUUCUGACAUACUGGAAGAAUCGAGACAGUUGGCAUCAUACACACUCAAAAGAAUCUCAGCUUCCCAUGCUGCUACUUGAUCUCUCGCUUGUGGUGAGUCGAUGCCGAUUACUUGGUGAUGAACUGGAAUACUUGUUGAAUUGGGGGGCAAAAUUUGAUAUAUCGAAGACACAGAUUCAGCACAUGGAUGUGAAGUUCCUUUUCUCGAGUUAUGAAGCAUUGUCGAAGUUUGAAGUUACUUUUCAUAUUAUGCCUGGUUAUCCAUGGCUUCCUCUGCAGUUCACAUUUAAUUCUCGGUUUGGAAACAUCAGUGGUGAACAUAUUAACAAUGUCCUACUGACUGUAAAACCAGGACAUGAGUACCUAAUCAGGAUUGUGAAGAGUCUGUUCCUGACGCUGCUCACCAAACCAGGAGCUAACAGAUUUGUGACAACGGGUCUCUUCUUGACCAGGAAUAAAUUAUGAACAUUCAGCUGUUGUUCACAAAUCAGUAACAAUUUGUAAUCGUUCUCAUUUGUACUAUAGGACCUUUUGAUGAGCUUUGUACAAUAAAACAACCAAGGAUGGCACUGUAAGUAAGUUGUUGUGAGUGGCAUCCAAUCUUUGUAUGUCAAAGAAUUACGGAGAAUCUGCUGUUGAAUACAACUCAGAUUACAUAAAUGAAAGUUUCCUUUUGGCUGUUGUUUAAAUUUGUAAAGCACAGUUCCUACUGGCCACAGGACUACAAAACAAUCUGCCUACAAUGUUGGCUUUUCUAUUCUGAAUGUUAAUAAUCAUCACUUCAGUAAAAUUGAAAUAAAUUCAUAUGAAUGGAAAGUUAAAUAUGGUUGAGGUAUUCAUGACAAAUUUGACUUUACUGCACAGUGCAGGAGAUGGCUUCUUCCUUGUAGUUCAGAGUAUAAUGAAACUUGAUGGAUGAUAUGUCCUCCAUUCCCUAGCAUGUUUCAUUUACCUGAAGAGUGUAAAAUAAAUAAUGCUUAGAUAAGACCAUAAAAUAUUGAUGUUUUUUUUAACUGAAAAUAAAGUUAUGUUUGCCAUUGA